GAUGCAGCUGAGUGCAUAGUGGCUGAUAGGGUGACCGAGCCUCCUUUCCCCGUCAGGUUUACGGUUGGCUAUGGUGAUGCAAAGUUUCUGGAUUUCCUUGAAGAUUGGACUUUGAAAGACAACAAGUUCUGCCAGGGAGAGACAGCCUGUGAUGUCUUCAUAUCGCCAUCUUUCAGUGGGCAGAACUCAACAGUCUUGAUCACUGCAAAAGCCAGCUGCACAAAACUGCAUCAGCAACAGCUCUUUCUGUGCCCCAAGACUGGGACGCCAAGACUGAGCACGCCCUGCAUAGUGCUGGGUCUUGCAGGCAAACCUUGGCGUUUGCGUCACCUCAUCGCCAGCUUCAUCAGCCCAACCAGGAUGCAGCGCAUGGACUUCGAGGACAACAUAAUGUAA